GGUGGAAAAAGCAAGUCCAGAUCUCGGAAGGGUAAGGAUGGAGCUGGGGCAUCCGGUCCAGUGGGUGCAGAUGAUGUGAAUCUGGCCGCAACAUUGCCAAUCCAAGCGGAUGGGGUUAAUGUUGGGACUGGAUUGCCUUCGGUUCAGCUCAACCCUACUGAGGUUCGUGUGGAUGGAGCUGAGUUCCAGCUGGAACAUGAGCCAGAACGAGCUGAUGGAGCUAAUGGAGCUGAUGGGAAUGGACGGCAGCAACAGGAUGGGCUGGAAGGUGAAGGCGAAUCUUCACAGACUGGCCGUCUUGGUGACCGUAAUGGGGCUGCGGACGGCAGGGCAGCUGGUCCGGUGAACCAGGCUGCGGAACCAUCCAUGCAUGAGGUUCUGGAGGUCAUGAGAGCUAUGAGACAUACCGACUCAUACUGCUAUUCCUAUAAGGAACCAGCAGGCUGCCGAGCAGCAGCAGCAGCUCCGGUAGCUGGUGGAGCAGCUCCGGUUCAUGGGGAACAGGAAGCUGAGGUGAUUGAGAUUGACCCCCCAGCUAGGGCGACCAGGAAGGUGGAUUACUUGAAGGUGCUGGAGCACAUCACUCGUAUGGGCACUAAACACUUUGCUGGAAGUGUUGACCCUCUUGAGGCGGAUGAGUGGAGGAGCAGGUUGGCUCGUAACUUCAGCUCAAGCCGCUGCCCAGAGGACUACCAGAAGGACAUUGCGGUUCACUUCUUGGAGGGAGAUGCCCACAACUGGUGGUUGGCUCUUGACAAGCGCACCAAUGCUGAGGCAUGGGACCGUUUGGAAGCUAAGUUCCUGGACUUGGUUCAGGGACGCAGGACGGAGUUGGAGGACGAGGCAGUUCAGGUUCGCCGGUUCAUCAGAGGCCUUAGGGCUGAACUCCGGACCUAUUGCUCAGUCCGUACCUUCUCCACUGUGUCUGAGCUGGUUGAGAGGAUGGCCUUGCUUGAGGUCAACCUUGCGGAUGAGCAUAAGCAGAAGGUCAAAAGUGUGGUGGUGGCUUCAAGCCAGAGUGGUGACCGGAAGAGGAAAAGGGACCAGGCUGAAGAGGGUAAAACCUCAAGUGGUAGGCCUGUGUGUCCCAAGUGUGGCCGACACCAUGGAGGUGAAUGUUGGAGAGCAAUGGGAGCUUGUCUUCGAUGUGGUAAGAUGGAUCACUCAGCUCGGGACUGUCCUAGACAGGAGCAAGGAGCUGGUGGUGAUACCAGGACUUGCCACUACUGUGGAAAGAAGGGACAUCUCCGUAAGGAUUGUCCCAAGUUAGCAGCCGGGUCGAGCAAGGGCCGUGGUGAGGGCAACAAGCCAGACCAGAACCGCGGUCAGACCUCUGCACCCCGCGUCGCUCUAUGA